GACGCUCGCGUGCAAAAUUUAAAAUCGUCGCGUUGCGUCAAACUUGUGACGUCGCACGCCGGGAAUAGCACUACCGAAAUAAACGCGGGCGCCGCUGCAAACAAAUUCUCCAGUAGAAACUUUGCGAUCUGCAACAGCCUUGCAGCAUGCAAAAUGAGCUGGAAAUAUACACAGUAAAUUCAGUGAAAAAUAUUCGAUAAAUUGUGCUAUAAAAUAAUUAAUGAUGAAGCUAAUAAUCCUACUUCUACUUUACACGGACUCUAUCUCUUGCUCAUGGGAGUCGUGGUGGAGCUACGAAGGUAUUUCGGGCCCUGAAUUUUGGGGUCUUAUUUACCCUCAAUGGCAGGUAUGCUCGAAAGGAAAACGCCAAAGUCCAAUAAAUAUUGAGACGAAUAAGCUGCUUUACGACCCGACUCUCGGUGAUUUCGAAAUCGACGGCCCAAAUGUAAACGGGCUUUUACAAAAUACCGGCCGAUCUCUGGAGUUCAAAAUGACUGAUGAUGCGGAAGUCAUGUUUAGCGGAGGCCCUCUAUCAUACAAAUAUCAAUUUGAGGGAAUCAACAUCCAUUAUGGAUUAUCCGAUCCCCUAGGCUCCGAGCAUCAGAUAAAUGGCAAACAUUUCUCGGGGGAAAUACAAUUUUACGGUUACAACAAAGAAUUGUAUCGUAAUAUGACCGAGGCGCGGGAAAAGCCUCUGGGGGUAGUGGUCGUAUCGGUGAUGGUGAAAAUUGGAGACAUGACGUCGCGGUCGGAGCUACGUCUGCUGACCAGUGCUUUGACCAAGGUGGCAUAUACGGGAACCUCCCAUUCCAUUAAUGAUCUGAGUAUCACCGCCUUGCUGCCGGAGACUAAGAAGUAUAUGACCUACGAGGGUUCCUUAACGGAACCCGGUUGCUGGGAGUCGGCUGUCUGGGUUAUAUACAACCAACCAAUUUACAUGACAAAGCAGGAGAUGUAUGUGAUUCGUCGACUGAUGGAAGGAACUAAGGAAAAUCCAAAGGAUUAUUUAGGCAACAAUUCAAGGAAAAUUCAGCCUUCGGUUGUCACAGUUAGGACUAAUAUUGAACCCAAAAUGGGAAUAUAUUGUAAUUGCUCUUACACAUAUACAAGUGUACUACCCGAAAACUUACAAACAGAUGAUUUAGUGAUUGUAAACAAUACCUAAAUAAUUAGGGUUAUUCAUGUACAAAUAUAUUUCAUCAAUAAAUAUAUCAAAUUGUAA